AGUCGCCAUUAUUUAUUUACUUAGCCCAGCCGGCCUCUCUCUCUCUCUUGAUUUCUAUAUAAAGAUCGUGUUGGUGAUUCAUUAUCACUUGAAUAUUUCUUGGCAUUGAGAGAUGGGCAAAGGUCCAAAACUUGGUCUCUCUUUUCUCAAUUCCAUACAAAUCUGUCGAGCCAAUGAUCCAUCCACAUUAGUUAAAACAUCUCUGUCUCACUCUCACAUCUCUAAAACCUAUGACAUUUCAUUACCCACUUUCCCAGACCCUCCAUCUUCACCAAACCACCUCUCCACCAACCUUCAUCAACCAAAAUUUCCAACACAAAAACCAUAUUCCACAAUCAAAACACAAGAUAAACAUAUAUUCAAUGAGGGAGCUCCUACUCAGAAAAAAGAGACAACUAGUGCUUUUUGGGCUUGCAAUGAUGACAGCUUAUCUUCUCCUGUUCCAACCUUAAAUCAAUCAGAGGAAAAAUCAAGCGUCCGAACGCGUAGGUUCAAACGUUAUGGUUCAAAAGAUUGGAAAGACAGCAGCAGCGUCGACAAAGAAGAGCCAGAAAAGCCGCAUAGGCAAGUGAAUGAGAGUUUUGUGGUGCUCAAGAGGUCAGCUGAUCCCUACCAAGACUUCAAGAAGUCAAUGCUGGAAAUGAUUGUCGAGAGACGCAUUUUUGAACCAAGAGAUUUGGAGCAGCUCUUGAUGAGCUUUCUCUCUCUAAAUUCAAGAAUGCAUCACAAAGCCAUCUUGAAGGCUUUCUCAGAGAUAUGGAAGGAAGUUUUCUCUCCACCCUUAAGCUAAUUUCCCAACUGCCAACUACUUAUUAAUAAAACAUAUAGAUUUCUAUUUUUA